CAACAUUUUUACAAACACAUUACUUAAGGCACUUACCCGAAGAGUGUUUCUGUUUUUAAGUACUGGAAAGUGUUGACUAGAAGUCGCAGCAGCAGCAUCAGCAAUCAUCAACAGACGAAAAGGAAACUUCACACACGACAGUAUAAAAGUGUUUUGCGCCUCUGCCCUCUGCCCCCUCAAAACAAAUAUAUAACGAAAGAUACAUAUAUAUCGACAUAUAGGGAGGGGAUACCGUAAAUGAUCCAAUAACCAAUAGACGAUAGAACGAUCCAACAGCAGACGACUGCAAAAGCCUGCCACGGUGUGGGGUUUUCUGUACCGGUGUGCCACUGCAGCCCCUGGCGCUGGCAUGGGCGCCAACGUCUCGCAGCUGGAGCGGGAGAUCGGCUCGGAUCUGUUUCCGGCCAACGAGCACUACUUCGGGCUGGUGAACUUUGGGAACACCUGCUACAGCAAUUCGGUGCUGCAGGCCCUCUACUUUUGCAAGCCCUUCCGCGAGAAGGUGCUCGAGUACAAGGCGAAGAACAAGCGGCCCAAGGAGACGCUGCUCUCCUGCCUCGCGGAUCUCUUCUACAGCAUUGCCACGCAGAAGAAAAAGGUCGGCUCCAUAGCCCCCAAGAAGUUCAUCACGCGGCUGCGCAAGGAGAAGGAGGAGUUCGACAACUACAUGCAGCAGGAUGCCCAUGAGUUUCUCAAUUUUCUGAUCAAUCACAUCAACGAGAUCAUCCUGGCCGAACGGAAUGCGGGCCCCACGCAUGGCAAUGGGAAUGGCAAUGGAAAGACGAGCGGAGCGGGUGCCAGCACCUCCCAAAUGGCCACCAGCACGGCCAGCAAAUCGAGCUCCACCUCAAACUCCAAUUCCAACUCAAACUCGACCUCCAACUCGACGACGACCAAUGGGAACAGCAGCAACUCCACGGGCUCCCUGAAUGCUGCGGCCACCACGAGUGUGCUGGAUGCCAGCGGUGGUCUGACGGCCACCACCACGCCUCUGGUGCAGACGAACGGUGCCAAUUCGGAGCCCACCUGGGUGCACGAGAUCUUUCAGGGCAUACUCACGUCGGAGACGCGUUGCCUCAACUGCGAGACGGUGAGCAGCAAGGAUGAGAACUUCUUCGAUCUGCAGGUGGAUGUGGAUCAGAACACCUCGAUCACCCACUGUCUGCGGUGCUUCAGCAACACGGAGACCCUCUGCUCGGACAACAAGUUCAAGUGCGACAACUGCUGCAGCUACCAGGAGGCCCAGAAGCGGAUGCGCGUGAAGAAGCUGCCCAUGAUACUGGCCCUGCACCUUAAGCGAUUCAAGUACAUGGAGCAAUUCAAUCGCCACAUCAAGGUCUCGCAUCGCGUUGUCUUUCCGCUCGAGCUGCGGCUGUUCAACACCUCCGACGAUGCCGUCAAUCCGGAUCGGCUGUACGAUCUGACGGCCGUGGUCAUACACUGCGGUUCGGGCCCAAAUCGCGGACACUACAUCAGCAUUGUGAAGAGUCACGGCCUGUGGCUGCUCUUCGAUGAUGAUAUGGUCGAUAAGAUUGAGGCCUCCACCAUCGAGGACUUUUAUGGCCUCACCUCGGACAUACACAAAUCCUCGGAGACGGGUUACAUACUAUUUUAUCAGUCAAGGGACUGCGCCUAGGGAUCAUCCUAAAUCAUGUUUAUGUUUGUUUCUUUUAAGACCAAAAUUUUAAAGACUAUUACGAGUAUAUUCUGUUUCUUAUCUAUCCAUACAACUAUUAUCCCCUAACUUUGCUUAUCAAUAAAAGAAAUGCAUGCACGACAA